AUGCCACAGAUGUUCACACCUCCCAAUCCAUCAUCCUCUUCUUCAUCCAAUCCACCAGCUAUCCCUUACUCCCCUAUCCCUUCCACCUCGGUACACAGACAUCAUCGACGAAAUUUACCCGCUCGAUCAUCCUUAUCUAACAGUUUCUCAUUCGCACCUGCUCAUACACAUAAUCUUGUGGCAGACCAAUCUACACUCAAUGAUAUAUCCAUAGAUGAACCGAGCGAUUUGAGUUUCUCUUUCACCUAUCCAUCCAGAUCAAGAAAUCAAAUGAAGAAAUCGACCAACGGCAUUGGGAUGAAUACCAAUGUGGUGGAACAAGGCAAUAGAGGUAUAUCACAGGUAUCACCUAGGUUCAGACACAGAUCAGGAUCAGGAUCAGGAUCGUAUAAUGGUACAGGUACUCCGUCUGGUGUUGGAAGGAAUUUACCGAAAUCUAGAUUGAGAGAAACGGAAAUCUCCCCUUUACCUUUACCGUUACCUGAGAGGACUAGACGAACUUCACCUAGAAAGAAAAGUCAGAACAAUCAAAACAAUCAUCGUGAUCAUGACUUGUCAGCGACUGAUGAAGAUGAUGAUGAAGUACAACUGGAAGAGGAAGGAGGAGGAGAGAAGAAUUGGGGUAUGGUAGAUUCCAUGAGACUCUGGAGACAUGAUGCGAUCAUGCAACAUUUAUAUGAGACGGCUGCUUUUUGGGGUGAUAAGAUAUUGAGUUGGACGGGUGACCCAAACGAUGCAUUCUGGUUAGCUCAAACGCACUUCCUAACGGGUCAUUACCUCCGAGCGGAAAAACUGUUGACCGAUCCAUUAUCCCCUCCACCGAAGAAUAGCUUGGGAAUAAGGGAUAAAGGGAAAGGUAGAUUGGAUGUAGAUGAAGAUGAUCUCAUGAAUGGCAAUAGACACAUCGAGAUUGGGAUAUCUUCUCAUGGGAGUAUCGGGGUAGAAAGAAGGCUGGUGGAUGAGAGUCUGGCUUGUAGAUAUCUUGCCGCUCAAUGUUUGGUACAUCAGGAAAAAUAUCAUGAAGCUUUGGAAUUACUGGGAGAAUCGAAUCCUUUUAAAGAGACUGGUCCGGAUACAGGUCCAGAUUCACCUUCGCAAGACGAAGGGAUAAAGCUUCACUCAUCAAUAUGUCAUUUACGUGCUUUACUUCAUUUACGAUUAUCGUCGUUCGCAUUAGCGAAAGAAUCAUUCAUGGAAGCUUUGAUGUUGGACGUUAAGAAUUACGAUGCGUUCAAGGAGUUGAUAGAAGGUGGAAUGAUGAGUGAGAAAGAGGAAUGGGAAUUCAUUCGUAAUCUGUCAUAUCGAAAACAACUUUCAGAAGAAGAUGGUCAUUUUGUCAAACUGAUGUAUAUGACCAAAUUGAAAAAGGACGGUCAUGUCAAAGAGGUUGAACGAGCCCGAGAAGAAUUAACGAAACAGUAUGGUCUAGGUGAUAAUUGUGACGUCCUGGUGGGACUGGCAGAUGAAUUGUAUUCGAAAUAUAAAUGGGAGGAUUGUUAUGCUGUUACGACGAAGAUAUUAUCUCGUAUACCAGGUCAUCCCACGGCAUUACCAUUACAUCUAGCAUGUAUGCACCAUAUUCACCGACUACGAUCUUCCCUUUUCAUGCUUGCGCAUGACUUGGUCGAACAGGAUCCUCAAGCUGCUACGACAUGGUAUGCGGUGGGGUUAUGGUAUUUCAGCGGUAAAAGAUGGGCAGAAGCUAGAAGGUAUUUUAGUAAAGCAAACUUGAUCGAUUCUCGAUUCGCUCCUGCGUGGAUAGCUUUCGCCCAUUCAUUCGCAUAUGAAGGUGAACAUGAUCAUGCUAUUACUGCUUAUUCCACUUCGGCGAGGUUGUUCCAAGGAUCCCACUUACCCCUCUUAUUUAUCGGAAUGGAACAUCUCCAGUUGUCCGCGUCUAACCUCGCAGAAGAAUAUUUCAGAGCUGCAGAGGUGAUCAAUUCUUCUGAUCCGCUCUUACUGAAUGAGCUGGGUGUGGUUGCGUAUAACAGAGAAGACUACGACCAAGCUGCAAGCUACUUCAGGAAAGCCCUCAGAGCCUCAUGGGAGAUGCAAGGUGUUAAAUCCGUUUGGGCAGUCACUUAUUGUAAUCUUGGACAUGCCUAUAGGCACAUGAGAAACUAUGAUAAAGCCGAACACAACUAUCGUCUAACGAUCCGACUGGACCCCACCAACUCUAUUGCCUACUCGUCCUUGGGGAUGAUAUGGCAAUUAAGAGGCGAGAUUAGAGAGUCGAUCAAGAUCUAUCAUCAAUCCCUAUCUCUCAAUUCACAAGAUCCAAUAUCGACUGUAUUAUUGGAGAUGAGUCUGAAAGAACAGAUGGAUAGUUUGGAUCCGACGAGUUUACCUGGUUUACCUGGACGCUUGGGAGAGAGGGAUUUGGAUCCUUUCAAUGUUCCUAAGGGAAACCCAAUAUUCGGACCAUUACCUAUUGAGCUCGAUCCGGCUACGUUAGAUGAUGCAGGAGGUGAAAGUAUCAUACAUCCCCCUCCGUCAACUUCUCACGGAGGAUAUCAAUUCAAUUCCAAUGGGAUAAAUGGGAUGGAAGAGAUAAGUCAGAUUGGAAGAGUUGAUUUGGCAAUUGAAGAAGAAGUGGGAGAAGGAAGUACGAUGGAGAUUGAGGACGAUUGA